AUGGAACGACUAGUGAAACGACACAGGGAAUGGGUAACAUAUCGAGACAAUCGGGGCAGGACUGCUGCGAUGCACGCGGCGAUCGCCGAUAACGUCCGCAAUCUUCAGUUUCUGAUGAGGAAAGGUCUCUCACUCUGGGACACAGACAAUGGGGGCGCAACCCCUCUUCACUGGGCCACACAGUGCGGAUCAACAAAGGUGGUGCGCUAUAUUCUUCAAAAUGGAAAAUCACCUCAUGGUUUGGCACCCUUUCUAGUAGCCGAUAAAGAUGGAGUCACACCGAUCCAUAUAGCAGCAUGUGGAAAUGGCAAGAUCCUGCAGAUGUUCAUCGACGCUGUGAGCGCAGCGGACGACGUGUUCGGCUUGGCACAGGACAAGAGAGGUCGUGGCCCACUUCAUUACGCUGCAUCAAAAGCAAGUGUGGAAAGUGUGAGGUUGAUACUAGAUUCGCCAACGCUUGGGCUCCCAGUCGACGCGAGGGACUCCUGUGGGCUGACUCCGUUGAUGUGUGCUGUUGGGAUUCCAUUCGCCCAAGGGGUUGAUGUAUGUCGAUUGCUCGCACGUCGCAAAGAGAUGUCCAUCUCAGCCAGAAAUCGAGAUGGACUAUCAGCGAUUCAUCUGGCUGCCAUCGCUAAUAAUCUUCCAGUACUUAAGCUUUUUGCAGAAGAGAUGGGCAAAAAUGUUGAGGUGUUUGACAACGAAAAUCGCACUCCACUUCACUAUGCAGCUGAGCAAGGUCACUACGAAAUUGUGCAAUUGUUGCUAGCGUGUGGAGCCAGAAGCACGACAAUCGACAAAUGGGAUGCCAGCCCAGCUCACUACGCUGCACAGUUUAGUGUUAGCUGUCUCGACUUGAUUUUAGCUAAAAAUAAUUAUGUGGAGAUAAAAGACCGAGAGAACCGAUCGUGCCUUAUGUGGGCAGUGUGCGCUGGAAACGUCGAAGUAAUCGAAUAUCUCGUCAGAAAAACGUCUCCAGAUCGUCAGGCCCGAGACAACCACGGGUUCACUGCGCUACAUCUUGCCGCUAUGGUUGGGAACGAGAAUAUCUGCAAAGUCUUGGUUAGGCAGGGCUGGAAUCUUUCUGAACGUGACAAACUAGACAACACACCUCUGCACCUGGCAGCUGGACGCGGACAUACCGAUGUAGUUCGCUUCCUAGUUACCGCAGGAGCAAAUAUGAACGAAAAAGACGCCAUGGAUAGAACACCUGUUUACUGGGCAUGCUUUGGAGGACAGGCGCACACAUUGUACUGCAUGAUAAAAGAGUUAGGAUUCGAGUGGAGGACAGUUGACAAGCAUCGUCGUGUUCCUAUCACCGACGCUCUCGGGCAGACUCCACUACAUGCGGCUGCAUUUGCUGGUUUCACAGCAUGCAUCAAUGUACUGCUGAAUAUAGAAGCAGAAGACGACUGUCUCAUCUCCCCACUAAGCGGUUGGAAAGACAAACAUGGUGAAACGGCGCUGCACGUGGCAUGCUCACGAGGCAAAAUGGACUGUGUGCUCGCCCUUUUGAAGGGAGGUGCUGCUCCGAACGCUGUGAACGACGCGAGGAAAACGUGCUUACAGUGUGCUAUCGAUAAUAAACACAGCAAUAUUGCUGAAUACCUGCGUUCUCAAGGUGCUCUUCUUUUCGCAGAAUUGAGCGAAACUGCAGCCCGAGUCAUCCAAGGCUACUCGUCUUCUGCUGUAACGACAUUUACAACAACUGGCGAUCAGCGAACUACAACGCGAACGGUUGAAGAUGACAGCUUCUGCUACAAGGACUCCAACCCUGGAACUGCUGGUCAAGCAGUGAUCCCGGUCGAUCUGCCUGCUGUUACUUCUGUCAUAGACCGUGCACUGAGCAGCGGCUCCAAAAUGGAUGCUGAAACUCUGUGUACCAUCUCGAAAGCCCAAACCAAUGCACAGCAGCAAAUUUUCAAUGAGCUGAUAAAGCGUAUGGAAAGGAUGGUCUCCGCUUCAAGCCCAGCCGUUCCACAGCACCCGUCGCCGAAUUCGUCACGAAUUCUCUAUCGACACGCUUACCUGAGUUCGUGUACUGACAAUAAUUGUACAUUCGAAGUCUGGUACUAUCGCUACGAGGACGUCAUCUCAAAAGACGGUGCUACUUUGGACGAUGCAGCGAAACCUCGACUAGUCGUCUCCAAACUCGACGCCGAUACAUACGCCCGUUUGACGAACCACAUUCUUCCUGAAACAACAAGCGAUGUUCCCUCAAAUGACACCGUAGCUGCUCUGAAGGAAUUGUUCAGGCAUAAUACGUCAGUGUUCGCGAGACACUACGGCUACUUCAAGACACAGCGAAACGAGGAAAGUCUCCCCGACUACACCGGACUAUGCUGCUGA